GGGCGGACCCGGCGGGGCAGAUGCGCCAUGGACGAGCCAACCUUCAACGAGGCGGCUCUGGAGCAGGCGUUGGCCGAGCCGUGCGAGCUGGACGCGGCGCUGCUGACAGACAUCGAAGACAUGCUUCAGCUCAUCAACAACCAAGACAGCGACUUCCCUGGCCUGUUUGAUCCACCUUAUGCUGGGACUGGGGCAGGAGACACAGACCCCGCCAGCCCUGGUGCCUGCUCCCCAAGCAGCUUGUCUCCGCCUCCAUCACUGAGCUCCCCUCUGGAAGCACUCCUGGGGGGGUCCAAGGCAACACCCCCGCCUUCAUCCCCUCCCCAGUCUGUACUCACCCCACUGAAGAUGUUCUCUUCUGUGACCCCCUUCUCCCCUGGGCAUGGUAUCAAAGAAGAGCCAGUGCCACUCACCAUCCUGCAGCCCUCUACCCUGCCAUCUCCAGCCCCACAGCCACCCACCCCACAGCCCUUACCGGCCCUCCUGCCUCAGAGCUUUCCAGCCCCAGCCCCUCCACAGUUCAACUCCACCCCUGUUUUGAGUUAUUCCAGCUCUCCUGGAGGCUUCGUGGCAGGAGCCUUUCCCGGGAGCACCCAGCAGCCACUGCCUGCCCUACCAUUGGCUUCCCCGACAGGCGUCACACCCACCUCCUUGCAUACCCCAGUUCAGAGUAUGGCCCCCCAGCAGCUUCUGACAGCCACAGCAGCCCCUGGAACAACCACUGUGACCUCCCAGAUCCAGCAGGUCCCGGUCCUGCUGCAGCCACACUUCAUCAAGGCAGACUCGUUGCUCCUGACAACUAUGAAAACAGAUGUGGGGGCCACUGUGAAGGCAGCGGGUAUCAGCUCUCUGGCCCCUGGCACAGCUGUGCAGACAGGGCCCUUGCAAACUCUGGUGAGCGGCGGGACCAUCCUGGCCACCGUGCCGCUGGUCGUGGACACUGACAAACUGCCCAUCAACCGGCUUGCGGCUGGCAGCAAAACCCCAGGCUCAGCCCAGAGCCGUGGUGAGAAGCGCACAGCCCAUAAUGCCAUCGAGAAGCGCUACCGCUCCUCCAUCAACGACAAGAUCGUGGAGCUCAAGGACCUGGUAGUGGGCACGGAGGCAAAGCUGAAUAAAUCUGCUGUCUUGCGCAAGGCCAUCGAUUAUAUCCGUUUCUUACAACACAGCAACCAGAAACUCAAGCAGGAGAACCUGAGUCUGCGAAGUGCUGUCCACAAAAGCAAAUCACUGAAGGAUCUGGUGUCUGACUGUGGCAGUGGAGGAAAUGCAGAUGUUGUCAUGGAGGGUGUGAAGUCUGAGGUGGUAGACACGCUGACUCCGCCGCCCUCGGAUGCCGGCUCGCCCUCCCAGAGCAGCCCUCUGUCCUUUGGCAGCCGGGGUAGUGGUAGCGGUGGCAGCGGCAGUGACUCGGAGCCUGACAGUCCAGUCAUCGAGGACAGCCAGGUGAAGCCAGGGCAGCUGCCGUCUCCCCACAGCCGAGGCAUGCUAGACCGCUCCCGCCUGGCCUUGUGUGCACUGGUUUUCCUCUGUCUGUUCUACAACCCCUUGGCUUCCCUGAUGAGUAGCCGGGGGCUUCCCAGCCCCCUGGAUGCCACCAGUGUCCACCACAGUCCUGGGCGUGCCAUGCUGGGUGCCGAGGGCAGAGAUGGCCCUGGCUGGGCUCCCUGGCUGCUGCCCCCGCUGGUCUGGCUGGGCAAUGGGUUGCUGGUGCUGGUCUCCCUGGCACUUCUUUUUGUCUAUGGAGAGCCGGUGACUCGGCCGCACUCAGCCCCCGCGGUGCACUUCUGGAGACAUCGCAAGCAGGCCGACCUGGACCUGGCCCGGGGAGACUUUGCCCAGGCUGCACAGCAGCUGUGGCUGGCCCUGCGAGCACUGGGCCGGCCCCUGCCUACCUCCCACCUGGAUCUGGCCUGCAGCCUGCUCUGGAACCUCAUCCGCCACCUAUUACAGCGCCUCUGGGUGGGCCGCUGGCUGGCCAGCCGCGCUGGGGGCCUACAGAGGGACUGUGCCCUAAAGGCAGAUGUGCGCGCCAGUGCCCGGGACGCAGCCCUUGUCUACCACAAGCUGCACCAGCUGCAUGCCAUGGGGAAGUACACAGGGGGGCAUCUUGCUGCCACCAACCUGGCACUGAAUGCCCUGAACCUGGCGGAGUGUGCAGGGGACACGGUGACCAUGGCAACGAUGGCAGAGAUCUAUGUAGCAGCUGCCCUGAGAGUCAAGACCAGUCUCCCGAGAGCCCUGCACUUUCUGACACGCUUCUUCUUGAGUGGUGCCCGCCAGGCCUGCCUGGCACAGAGUGGCUCAGUGCCUCUUGCCAUGCAGUGGCUCUGCCACCCUGUGGGCCACCGUUUCUUCGUGGAUGGUGACUGGGCCGUGUGCAGUGUGCCGAGGGAAAGCCUGUACAGCUUGGCUGGGAACCCAGUGGACCCCCUGGCCCAGGUGACUCAGCUAUUCCGCGAGCAUCUCCUGGAGAGAGCGCUGAACUGUGUGGCCCAGCCCAGCCUGAGCCCCAGCCCGGGGUCAACUGAUGGGGACAGGGAAUUCUCAGAUGCCCUCACCUACCUGCAGCUGCUGAACAGCUGCUCUGAUGCUGCCGGGACCCCUGCCUGCAGCUUCUCCAUCAGCUCGGGCAUGGCUGCCACCACCGGCACAGACCCAGUGGCUAAGUGGUGGGCCUCACUGACAGCUGUGGUCAUCCACUGGCUGCGGCGUGACGAAGAAGCAGCAGAGCGGCUGUACCCACUGGUAGAACACCUGCCCCGUGCCCUGCAGGAAAAUGAGAGACCCCUGCCCAGGGCAGCUCUGCAUUCCUUCAAGGCUGUCCGGGCACUGCUGGGCCGUGGAAAGGCAGAGUCGGGCCUGGCCAGCCUGGCCAUCUGUGAAAAGGCCAGCGGCUACCUGCAGGACAGCCUGGCUACCACACCAACUAGCAGCUCCAUUGACAAGGCUGUGCAGCUGCUCCUUUGUGACCUGCUCCUUGUGGCACGCACUAGUUUGUGGCGACAGCAGCAGCCACCUACCUCAACCCAGGUGGCCCAGGGUGCCGGCAGCGGGCUCCAGGCCUCUGCUCUCGAGCUUCGUGGCUUCCAGAGGGACUUGAGUGGCCUGAGGCGCCUGGCACAGAGCUCCCGCCCUGCCAUGCGGAGGGUGUUUCUGCAUGAGGCCACAGCCCGGCUGAUGGCAGGGGCCAGCCCCACGCGGACACAUCAGCUACUGGACCGCAGUCUGAGGCGGCGCGCAGGUCCGGGGAGCAAAGGAGGUGAGGGGACCUGCUGUCCUUACCCUGUCACCCGCUCCUCCCUGGUCAAGUGUACAUCUGACCUCGUCCUGGGGAGGGCUCUCGGGCCGCCCGGCUUCCUGUCGGCCCCGGGGCAGCGCGUGGGAAUGCUGGCCGAGGCGGCGCGCACGCUCGAGAAGCUCGGUGAUCGCCGGCUGCUGCACGACUGCCAGCAGAUGCUGAUGCGCCUGGGCGGCGGAACCACCGUCACUUCCAGCUAGAUUCCAGCGGCGCCCACGGUCUCCACGCCCCACCCGUGGCUGUGCUUCCCUGGGCAUGGGAGACCCUGUGGGACUUUUGUGUCUUGCUCUGUGCGGCCUACGCUUUACUGGACUAGCGGCCGCCAGGAUGGUGCUGCCCUCUGGUGGCCGGCUCGGGAAUAGCAGGCUUAGGGCCGGCAUUUGUCACCCCUUGCUCAGCAAGCGCCUAAGUGGCUUUUUUCUCUGGUCUGUCUAGAGAGAGGAGAGGGGCGCCUUUCCCUGAGCAGAGGGGGCCCCUGCACCGAAACGCCUCUCUGCAUUCUGGGAAGACUUGUACAUAGUGUAGAUCCGGGUGAGCCCCCUCCUGGCCUUGGGGGCUCGUGAGCUUCUUUGCCUUUUGCAAACUUUUAUUUUCGUAGGUUGAAGUUUUGUACAGACAAUAAAAAAUGAAAUUAUUUAUAACCUAGAUUUUGUUCCAUGCUGACCAGAGCGUCCCAUCCCCCACCCAUCGAAAGGGACGAACUGCUCUCCAGCUCACGUUUCAGCCGUUAGGGCUGGAUGGUUUCAGUUUUCCCUUCUCGCCACCGCCACCAUGCCCCAGGGUGUCACUGGGAACAGAGGCGGGGCCCUCAAGGGCAGGUUGUGACCGCUACAACCUGUAUGUCUGGACCAUCGCGCUCCCCCCACCACCUCACCAGCUGUCCCCUGGUCACCUCCUUGCACACCCGGGAACCCUUGUACCACCACACACACACACACACACACACACACACACACACCCCCGCUCAGUCACGAGAAAUGGCAGCAGGGUCUCCUGUUCCUACACAGAAGGGGAGAACUCCAUCUUCCCUGAUGCCUCCCCCCAUCCCCAUACCCCACCUAAAGCC